UGUAAAGCCUCCUCCACUACUGUCGGUUUUAGUCACAGUUUAUCCUCCAGUGCAGUGCUUUCGGCUUCCUGGUCGCAUAAUAAAUUCGGUUGGUGUUGCCUUUCUUCGAUUUUGACUUUCUCUUCGUGGACACUUCUCGAAAAAUUGGUGGCUGCGUCCUCCGGAAAAUAGCAUAUGUGCGGCGUGUAGGAAUGGAAGUGAAACUCGUCUAAAAUCUUAUCGGAUUUUUCGAACUACUUACAGCAGAACUUACACGUAUUUUUACCGCAACACCACCCUCUGCCCCCCGGCAAACGUCAAUUCUAUCGAACAAGUGAAGCUCACUUUGCAGUUUUACGCAUAAGCACUCAACUCAUUUGUUAUUGUUUUUGUAUUUCACGAGACGGAAAGAAAUAAAGAAAAAGAAAUUGGCUCAAUACCACGAAUCACAUCAACUUCAACAGCGAACAAGAUGUCAAGAACAACUGCGUCUACAUUCGCUCCCACUCCAGGGGGCCGAGUUCUUCCUGGUCGAGGAGUGGCGCCUCUCUUCCUCCGUCAGCUUCUUUUUGGAGGCGCCGCAGCUGCUAAUGCGAGCUCUUAUCCUACAGAAAAGCAAAAGUAGUACUACACUCUUCAUUCCACCAGCACGGUUAUGGUACAACCCGAAAAUAAUCUGUCAUGCAAAAUGCGGAGAAUAAGGGAAGGGAUCAGAAAUAGAAUUGGUACCGCCACCACGCAGAUCAUUUGUGAUGCUGAACGCACAAGAACAGCAAGCCCAAGCGUUUUUGUUUUUGUUACGUAAAGUGACCGGAUCAACACAUCAUAUAAACGUCUUUAGCUCAGAAACUGAAAAUACCAGUGUGCUGUUGCCGUUUUUCUGUUGGAUACCCGCAUCAACUCAAUCCCCGUGGCGAUGCAAGACACGACUCUUACCAUCGGAUUGAAAUUGCCGGCGUCGGUGAUAUCAUCUUCAAAUGCGGGGAGCGAUACCACGAGCCUUACAACUACAACCAGUGCGCCAACCACGAGCUCGACGCCGGGUGCGACUUCUUCCCCCACACUCACGACCUCCACAACUCCCGCACCAUCAGGGGGUGCUGUCACGACCCCCGACCCCUUGCUCGGCACCGGGUCGCUGCUUCAGCCGAUCAGCAGCGAGGACCCGCGGACCACUGUCGACGUCGCGUUCGGCCAGUUGGGGCACACCCACCCCAUGCGGGUGUACGAGAAUUUUUCGAAGCACAAAGCCGCCGGGCCGUACCAAACGAACCGGUUCUGGGCCAACUGGGCGUUCAGCGGGCUGCGGUACGGUCCGUGGAGCGGCCAGGACGAAGAUUUGAUGCGCAUGAAACUGCUCUACGGGUACAAAACUUCCGACCCGAUCUACGUCGGCACGUAUGGACUUCGGUGGAUGGACGGCGCUUUGGGGGUGCUGUGCGAGCCGCACAGACUGAAGUCCAGCACGCAAUUCGCGCAGGAGAAGCAAGGCACCAACGGGUUCCCUUCCACCGGACAGGAAACCUUUUCCGCCGCGGGGCAGCAGUGGAUGGCGCAGAGUGGAAACCUGGCCAAGUUCGCGAACGAACCCCACGCCUACAGCUACACACGGCCGGUCGGGUUGAACGAAGUGUCGCUGUUUAUUGACGCCUUGGAGCUGAUGGAACCGCAGGGCGCCACCCCGCAGCGCGAGUACGAGAUCGUGAAAGAGGGUCUCCUCGGGAUCCACGCGACCUCCACCGCGACGGCCUCCGGGUCGAAAAUCCUUUACCCGAUCUACAACGGAAUGGCGUACGUUUCGGCGUACUACGACGGGAACGACGAUUUGACGCCGGUCUUGCUGUUCAACGCCAUCCGCCCGACUUCGGUGCUCAAAAGGGGUCAAUACCAGUACGCGCAGGACAAUUUCGGCGUUGAGCAGCACUCCUGGGACUUCACGCUGGAUGCGAACCAGGGGGGCGCAGUGUACCGUGUGUAUUUGUUGCCGACCAGCACUAGUACAUCGCCGUCGACCAACUUUCACUGGAACUCGGACCCGGUGCUGCAGUCGCCCAACAAGAAGCUGCGCAUGGUGCAGCUGAACCAGAAAUUCCAAGGGUGGUUGCGGGUCGCGCAAGUGCAGUCUAGCGGGAAGAAGUACGAAGACAACGUCGAGCGGCCGACUCUGCGCUGCAGGGCGUCGACGAAGUCUUGGACAGAGACGCGAACCGAGUGCGCGGACGAUGGCUACGACAUCUCCGCCUCGGCGGUCUUGUACGACUUGGGGGUCGACCUCCACGCCACGCAAGGCGGUCUUCUGAAGUACCAGUUCAAGCACCCACCGACGGCGAUGCGGCCCGGAGGUAGUUCUCCUGCGGGUUCCGCGGGCAGCACUGGAGCUCCGCAGCACAUGCACUUCGCCUACCAAACGCACCUGCGGCACUUGCGGAGUUACACCGCGGGAACAAAUUCGGUUUAUUCGAUUCUGAAUCUGCAGUUCCAAUCGCACUCCCAGGGCUGGAUGACGGGGGUGCGCGGCUCCGUCUGGGAAAUGCUGCCGAACCUGCUCGCCGAGACUUAUCAGCUGGAUUUCCUGCCGCCCGGCGACACCACGGGGGUGCUGGACGUGGUCAGCGGCGGCGUGCACACAAAUCUCGGGCAGCAGUUUCGAGACGAUUUUGUGCACUACAAGUACGGGGGCGAGAACAACUACGGGGCGCACAACUCCGUGCCCGCGGUUGGGGCGGUGUAG